GAGUAACCCAAUCUUGCAAAUCUCAUUACGCAUUUCAUAACUUUCCUUUUUACCAACUCGAAACAUACUAGGUACUUACCUUUAGACAAUUGAAGAUAUACAUACGUUACCUGCCUGUCAAUCAACUGAAGAUGGACCCCUCCGGACCCGCCCAGCCCCCCAAGAACACCGCCUACACGACGCCAGCGAACCCAGCGUCCUCAACCCCUUCCGAGGUGCAGCAACAACAACGACAGGGCGCACACGGCAACAACAACCCCUCACCCACCGACGAGCGCAUGCCGCCCAGCAGCAGUCGCGUCGGCGGUGGCAGUAGCAGCAUCGACGAAGCCACGCCCUCGAGCCUGGGCUACGGGAUCCACGGCGCCCCAGCAGGCGAGGAGCGAUUCGGGCGCACGGCGGCGGUGGUGGAGCAGGAAGAGCAAGGCGGCCAUCGCGGCGAACUGGACGGCGAGCAGAUGCGCGCGUCGGGCGAAGGCGAUGUCGCGAGCGUGGUGAGGAGGAAGCCCGGGGCUACGGGCGAGCAGCCGGAUUUGGCGAGUGAUCUUGACCGGAAGAAGGAGGAACAGGCUUCGAAGAGGAACGCGAUCAAGGAGGAUAGGAAACACGGGAGAGCUCCGGAUGGAGGGGAUGCUAGGGCUGGGGUUGCGACGUGAGACGGGCGGGGAAUUGGAGGCGUAGUCGCAGUGGCAGUGGCAGUGGCAGUCGCAAUCGUCUUCGCUUGCGAUGGGCUGUAGGAUGGUUCGUGUGUGUGCAUAGAUACCUCCUAUCGUGAGCCAUAGGUAGGUGGCGUUUGGGAUGGAAAAAGGGGGGGUUGAUGCUUUUUUCUAGGACUUAUCAGUGUCUGGUGAUCAAAACUCAUUGUAGACUAGUAUUAUGUAGGUACUAUUCAAUUAUGAUACAGCCUUAAGUAAAACCAGUUCGCUUGAAUG